AUGCCUGCGCCCUCCACACUGAGGAUCACAGAUGCCCGCCUUGCUAAGGCGGAUGCUCCAUCGGUGAAGAGUCGUGCGUUUCAAUUGACUACUGAGGAGGCUCCGUCGGUGCCGAACGUUGUAGUUGGGACCUUUUUGUUCAAUGGUAUGUCUGCCCAUGUAUUGUUCGACUCGGGGGCUACCCGAUCAUUUGUGUCUCUUGUGCUUAGCGAGAAGUUCCGGGAUGCUCCGGGAACUUUGGAUUCCCCACUCGAGGUAGAGGUUACAGAUGACCGCCAUGUGAGUGAUGCGAAGCUAUAUAGGGACUGUGUCCUGAAUGUUCUUGAGGAGAGGUUUCGUGUUGAUCUAGUCCCGAUACCGCAACGAGGACUGAAGGUUAUUGUUGGGAUGGAAUGGUUGGGGGCAAUGGGGCCAUGA